CUUGCCUAUGUGUUAUAUUAGCAGAUAGAGCAUUCUAUCCCCUACAUACAGAUGCACAAAUAGGACUAUCGUUGAAGUGUUGGCACGGAUUAUCCUUGUCGAGUACUGGUUCACAGUUAGUUAAUAUUUUUAUAUAGUCUCGGGUAGGAUGCGGAGCUCGCAAUCACAUCGCAAUUAGAACCGUAUUUGUUUUUUCAUCUGAACACGCACGUCACAGUGUAACCGUACAACGGAUGAACAUAACCGGUGAUAUUUCUAAAGAAACAGAGAGUUUUAAAAUUAAUCAGUACUAUCACCACCUAUCUAUAGAAUAUGAAGGGUUCCAGUGCAAGUGGAUCUGCGUUGUCGGGCGAAAGCCACACAGACCAAUCAACAGUAGCACGUGACUGUGAAUAUAAUGCUACCAACAAGACUAAAUCAGGAAGUUUGAAAGAGGCAAAAGCCAAGUCAGUCAAGCCCAUCCCUAAAAACUGGUUCAAGAAAAAACCAGUACAGAACAAAGCUGAGCGGCUAGAGCUGGGUACCGAUGUACUGAAGUAUGGCGAUGGGAAGACAAACAAGUGUAUGCGGGCUUCACUCAAGAGUGCCGGAGUUGGCGAAUUCGUUGAGAACACUAAUACUGAGACCGAACAAGUGCAGUUGGGUACCAACGAGACCACACUAAGUGCAAGUUUGAGUGGGAAGGGUAGGCAUGUACAAACAAGCCAACCAUCCAGUGCUAUAGCAGGGGCUCAGAGCUCUCCAGAGGGAGUGUUCCUAAUGUCCGUAGCCCUGAUCCAAGCCAAGAACCUAUCAGUGGCUGUGUCUAGUACAAAUACUUCGAUUAGUAACACAAAGGGGUACUUUGUGAAGAUAAUGGCCGAUGGACAGGAACACACUUCAACUAAAGUAACCAAAGAUCACACCCCUAUUUGGAAUCAGCGCUUCGAUUUCGCUUUCCAGGAGAGACCCGAG